AUGGCCCUGAGCAGACUCCGGCUGCCGUCAGCAGAAGAUUGCUUGCAAGAGUUUGAUGCUGACAAAGAUGGCCUACUUUCUCUGGGCGAGCUGGGUGAUUGCUUGAACACUGUGUUGCGGCGAAGUGGCUGCGAAGGCAGCAAGCGGUUAUCAGGAGAGAUCCUUGAGGAAUAUUCUCUGCGAGCAGACGGAGCGGCCGUUGGUUUAGGGGCCUUAGGUCGCCUUCUCGAGGCUGCAACUGAUCGUGCCUCCAUUGCACGCUCCGCGCGAAGCCGAAGCCCUGUGCGAGUCGGCGAAAAUGCUGAUGCAGGAUUCUUUAACGCCGAAGCCAAGGAAGCAUCACUACAGAAAGAAGCAAUCGGCUGGGCGGCUCCCAGCUGCCUGGAUACCAUUCCUAUCGCAUCAGAGGAUGAAAUUCCGACCAUCGACUGGGCCACAUGCCACGAAGACCCCGAAGGUUUUGUGGCAAGACUGCGCGAUGCCUGCAAAAAGGUUGGAUUCUUUUUUCUCGCAAACCACGGCAUCGAACAGGAUGUCUUGGAUGCCGGGACGCGACUUAUUGAAGAGUUUGGGAGCUUGUCUUAUGAAGUCAAGCAAAAGUAUACAAUGGACCAGGGAAGGUUCCCUUCCGGUACUGGUUAUCUGCCGCUGCAUAGCCGGAAGCUUCCACGAAGGCCGAAAGGAAACGUGGUUGAGGCCUUCAUCGUCAAGCGUGAGCAUGGCCCAAGAAACAUUCGAUUGGAAGAUAUGCCCUGGCCCUGUGAGCUUGGGAUAGCAUGGAGGAGAGCGGUGGAGCAGUAUGCAGCAGCCAUGGAGGAAUUGGCUUGCAAAUUGCUGCCAUUUCUCUCUGCAGCUCUAGGCGAAGCCGAUUCGUACUUGAAUCCUGCAUUUCGAUCGCCAUUGUGGAGGCUGAGGCUGUCAAGGUGUCCUGCCUGUUCAGGCUACGAGGAUGGCCAGUACGGAAUUGCACCGCAUGUCGACACAUCCUUCUUUACGCUCUUGCACCGGUCUGAGAUUGAGUCUAGCCUCGUCGUUUGGGCGUUUUGCUCGGAGCGGUGGGUGCGCGUUCCUACAAAGCCGGGCGCUUUGGUCGUGAAUGCUGGGGAAAUCCUGCGGCAAGUUUCAAACGACACAUUCCAAUCCGCACGGCAUUACGUGUUGAAUGCCAGCGACCAUCCGCGAAGCUCCCUUGCUUUCUUCUUCAAUGCGACAGCUGACUUCAAGAUGCUUGGCUUGGUGCAACCAGGAUGCCAGUUGCAGUCGGAGCUGGUGGAGGGCCGGCCAAGUACCCUCCAAGUGCUUAUCUGGACAGUCAGGGUGUGGUGCAGGGCGAGUGACGGAUCCCACGCAUGUGCCGUUUUGGUCGUAGCCGACGACACCACACCGUUCAUCACUGUUGAUGCUAACCUGCGCCUGGUGUCUCACGUCCUAUUGGCCGAGUUGCCUGAGGAGUGGCUUGUGGCGGUCGGGUCCGACGAGUCUGUCGUGGAAGAGGGCAGUGAAGGCAGGGUGUCCGAGGUGGUGGAAAGCGAUAUGUACGGAGCCUUGUUUAUUUUGGCAGAGAGUGUGAACGGACGGGAGGGCCUGGUUGUACCUCCGUUUCCACUCAAGAUGCUCGACAGCCACCUCCACUGGCCUUUGCGAUGCCAAAAGAACAGCCCUCUGGCCUUCCUGAAGCUUUCGCCGGACGCAAGCGUGGCAGACAGAGCUUCGAAGCUGAUGCCGCGGAUGACAGUCCGCAAGGUCUACUGGGGUCUCGUCAAAAGCUACAACCCAGCAAGAAGGUCUGGUUUCAUCUACUGUCCCGAUGUGAAAGCAAGUUGUGGGCAGGACGUGUAUGUUUUCGAGAAUGUGCUACAGUCUGGUGUCGCCGGACCUGGUGAUGUAGUUGCUUUCUUCAUCCACGUUUCCAGCAAAGGGCUUCCGCAGGCAUCGCAUCCAAUGCUGCGACUCAGGUGUUUCGUGGAUGGCGCAUAUGCGCUGAGCGGUGUCUUCAAACGCGGGAGCCUGGGGUAUGGCUUCAUUGAAAGCGAUGUUGUGAAAGCUUUUUUCGGCCGUGAUGUCUAUGUACACAAGGACCUGGCUUGCUCUGUCGCACCUGGUCAGCGGGUUAGCUUCAAUGUGGUUCUCAACGCGCAGGGCAUGCCGAAUGCUUCUGACAUGGCCGAGUGUGGCCCAGACUGGUCGCCUAUGCCGCCAGAUCUCUCACAACAAGUCGAUCUUGCACCGGAAGAAGUCUGGGCCGCGCGGGCUCAGGUGAAAGUGCGGGCGCACGGAUUCGGUGCGGAAGGCCAAAACAUGCCAGGAAGCGAGCUCUCCUUAUCUCGCCAAUUUCCUGCAGGGUCUGCGAGGCCUGUCCCAACUGGGAUGAUGACCAGUGGAUUCAUAAAAUCAUUCAAUGAUAGCAAUAACUAUGGUUUCAUCGACUGCGAGGAGGUCAAGGCUUUGUACGGCUGCGACACGUUUAUGCACGGCAGAGAAUUUGUUGGUCACUACGUUGGCGAGACAGUGCAGUUCGAAGUUGGGCUUUCGCCGAAGGGUCAGCCACAGGCAAUCAAUGUGCGUUCAUUUACAGACGGCUCUGAGCAACAAGAGAUGUCCCCACCGCCACAUAAGCGGCAGCGGCUGGACACAGGCAGGCGCACGAGUCCAACAGCUCCAGGGCAGGCUCUGAUGGUGUUCUCGGGGACCGUGAUCAGCGUCUUUCCGGAGAGCGAAUGCGGCUUCAUCGAAUGCAAGCCGGUCAGAGACCUUUUCGGGCAUGAUGUGUUCGUGACGCUGCAAGUCCUCGCUCAAAACCUGGCUGGACCAGGAGAUCUUGUUGCUUUUGGCCUCUCCAUGUCAGACGAUCAGAAGCCUCAAGCUGCCAACCUGCUGCGGUUAAAAUGUAGCACCCCCGGCUUCGCCUUGAAAGGCGUUUUCAAGACAACCGCAAAUGGACAUUGCUUCGUCGAAUGUGCAGAAGUCAAGACCUUUUUGGACCGAGAUGUAUACGUGGGCAAGGAAAUAGCAUCGAAGCUUGUGGCUGGGUCGACCGUCUCUUUCAAUGCAGUGCUGAAUCGUGAAGGGAAGCCGAACGUAUCCGAUGCUGCACCUUGUGACGAACUAUGGAAGCCCACCCCGGGUGACCUCACUGCACAAGUCAUGCUGGAGCCGCAGCAGCCCAAAACAGCGACAAAACCUCUUGGCACCGGCGAAGUUUGCAUUGGACAGAUCAAGUCCUUCAAUCCUGGUAACAACUAUGGCUUCAUCGCUUGCGAGCAGGUACGAGCCUGGUAUGGCUGCGAUGUGUUCCUUCACGGCAGAGAGGUCACGCCGAAGAACUUGAACGUUGGCCAAAUGGUCACCUUCGAGGUCGGGCUGAACCCGCAGGGAAAGCCACAGGCCGUCAACGUGGCUCCCUCGGGCACAGUUGCCUUCGGUUGCGUUCGUACAGCCACACCCCGGCUGAAGCCAACAAAGAGCUUGGGCUAUUCGACAAUGCCGUCAACAUUUCCAUCCGAGUGGUGCAGCCUCGCCAGAGCUGGUGUCAUUGAGCAGGUCGACAUUCAAGAAAGGCAUGUUCGACACACGACGGAGUGGCUGGUGGCGAAAAACCAAGAGAUUGAGGCUGCUGUCAACGACAUGCUGGGUACGAUAGUUGCGUUUCCCCUGGACGCGCACGUGCGUCGUAUCUCCGAGAGUGAGAUCAUCAAGGUCAAGGCGCACUACAACUGGAGCAUGUACCAGUCCCUCCUGGCAGCAACGAAGCGGUCGUUGCACAAGGUGAAAGAGCGACUGUCCGCUCGCCCGUUGGAAGAUGGUUCCACCCCGCCGGCGUUCUUUGAAGUGGAGCUGCAGUUGGAUGGACUCGGGGUAUGCCUGCAGCCAUCCAUGGAAGACAUUCAGAGUGCCAUCAAUGGUGGUGCUGUGGCCUUGCUGAAGUGCUCCAAGAUGAUCGAGGCAUGGGAUACCGUGACAAUCCCAAGUACCGUGCAACUGCUGCUCAAUCCGAACCUUCCACCGGUCAGUGGCACAGGGGCGCAGGGAACCUUCUACGACCGAGUGGCACAGGACAAAGAGAUAUUGAAGGUGGUUUUACUUCUCACUGGCAGCAUACAAAGUGCUCGAGAUGGCAAGAACAAGUACCUUAAGCAGUUUGAGCGUUGGAGCUGGCUUUGGAACUGCGACAUUGACGAAGAGUACAAGAAGUUUCGCGCAUCCGAGCCGACGUUGGAUGAGUUUGAGGCCAAGCUGCGCUCUUUUGCUCGUCUGGACGAUGAGUUUCAACUCAUGGAGCCUCGCAGGCAAAUUUCUGCGCUCUCCCUUCAGGCCGGCAGCCUGGCACGGAGCCUGCGAGAGCUGGCUGGACGCUGGAAGGAAUCCUUCGCUCGUGAGCUGCACACGCAGGCAUUCCACCGGCUGGAGGCCCUCAGUGAAGUCAUCAAGUCCACCAUGAAGAAGCUGAGCCGAGAGGUGGCAGACGGUGACAUUGAUGCGUUGGGCCACGUCAUGCGAACUCUGCGAGAGGUGAGGGAAAAGCAAGGCGAAAUCGAGUUAGAGCUGGAACCGGUGGCCCAGAUGUAUGCCAUGCUGGAUUCGUAUCUUCCAAACAUUCUUGACAAAGAGGAGCAGGAUGCACGCAGCAUGCUGCAAUCAAGUUGGACGAAGCUCCUGGCAGAGAGCGAGACGCGACAUUUGGAGCUGACUGUCAAGCAGGUUCAGCCUAUCCUUGCUGGAAAAGCACAGGAGAUCUCGGACACGAAGGAGAAGCGGACGGGAGAUGCUCUGCACGCUGCACAAUCCGUGCAGGUGCCGCAGGCCUUGGAGGCGAGGCAGCGACCUCUGCCUGAGCCAGAGCUUCUGGUCGUGAAGUUCCUUUACCUAUCGCGACUCCCAACAGGCGAGGAUGCCCGGAGCGAUCCUCCUGAUCGACCGGGCCCGUUCAGCACCAGUUUCGUGCAAGCCGGUCCGCCCUUGGCGGUGCCACCAGAGGAGGCCCAGCUGAAGCAACGCAUUGCCUCGGCCGUUGAGGCCAUGGAGCGAAAUGCUUCGGGCCUUUCGGGCUCAGGCCGCGCUUCCAGCACAGAAUGCAGGUUCAAAGCGCGUGUCACUGUUCGACUCAGCGAAGCUGGGCCUGGACCGGCUGCUGGAGGUCCAGUCUACUUCCGAAUAGAUGCCUGGUCAUUGUGCGCGAGCAGCCUCUUCGGGAGGCCAUCUCAGCCAGAACUUUUUGCACGCGCAUUUGUGCCUAUAAACGACAGCAAGUAUCAUCGACGAGCCUGCACCUGGCCGAUGAUUGAUGCCGCCGGCAAUGACGUAGCCUACGUCACCUGCGAGUUUUCCUUCGCACGAAUUCCUUCCCCGGUUCAGGAUUUACACGUGGAUGUCAUGGCGAAUGACGUGAGGCUGGCCUGGCUGCCUCCGGCCAACGAAGACAAAGCCGUCCCACUGAAGGGCUACCGCGUGGACUCUCGACUCCUCGGGCGAGGAAAGCGGCCGUCAGGAGGCGCCUCGACUUGGCUGCAUGCCGGAGAUGUCGAAGCCCGUGAAGCUAGGGAAAACUCGUUUUUGGCUUCGGGUUUGAAGCCGGACAGCCUCUACAUCUUCCGCGUCUGUGCAGUGAACGAGGUUGGCCUCGGUGAGCCGGAAGAGCUUGAAGUGCAAACGGGCCCGUGUGCGCCCGCUGGCUGCGGCCAGCCGCGCUUGGCUGGCUGCAGCGGACCUGUUCUGGCAGUGGAGUGGGAUCCCCCCAUGUAUGAUGGCGGUGCCAACUUAGUUGCCUACCGUCUUUGGGUUAGGCCUUUCUCUGUUACCGAUGCAGAUCCCCAUGAGUGGCUGGAAAUAGGACAUGUGAAGCAUAUCGCGGACAGCGUGCAGCGUGCAGAGAUUCACACAGAGGAAUUCGACCAGCGAAUUGGCCGAUACCUGUGCAGAGUUGCCGCCAUCAAUGCUGCCGGCGAAGUUGGACCCGCAACUGCCGAUGCGGUGUCACUCACUCUCCCGAAUCCAUGUGCUGUAUCGCGCCCAACGCCUGCGCCAAACAUGCCAUUGGCGCUGUCAGACGGGCACGGCUCAUUUGGUCCGGGCAUGUGGUCCAAUGCCGGGAGCAGCCUUCUGACAAUGACCAUUAAUGAGCCCGGGAAAAGAAAGGUCACCGUUCCGCUCUUCAAGGAUGGUAUGUCUGCUAUGGACUUGCCUCUGGGGUACUUCGGUGGUCAUGCUGAUGGAGCCGGACAAAGCUCGUUGACUUCUGAGCAGGCUUCUGCUAUUGGAGCGGGCCACGACCUGGCACUGCCAGAACGUCUGGACGCAUUUUCCAGCUGGCCAUUGCCUUCAGACCUGGAGUCGCGACAUUGGUACCACGAAGAUGCCUUCGGCUCAGAUCCGGGCUUUCAGGAUCCGCUCUCGCAGCGCGCCGUGGUGCCAUACAAGGCUGUUUCCGGACUCGAUGAAGGCAGAGAAGUGAUGACCCAGGAGUUGUUGCAGGGCGUGCUGGAGGAGAAGCGGCUCUUGUUGGAUGCCAGCUUGCAGAAUUUCCAGCAUCUUACCGACCAGCUGAGCCGAAGCCCGGAGAGUGAGGCGCUGCGCCAGCGGCAAGAGGAGUCAGAGAUUGAAGCCGCUGGCCUCCAAGCAGAGGUCGCUGUCUUGUCUCAGAAGCUCAGUGAGCUGGAGGCGAUGACUGCGCUGCCGUACAAUACAGGCAACGAUGAUUUAUACGGCUUGCUGCAUGGAGGACCGACCCCUCCCAAUGCAGGCACGUUUAAACGCAACCUCAUCAAGACGGUUCAUGCCUUCAGACGAGAUGUUGAAAAAUUUCGCAGGGACUAUGAAGAGCGCGGCCCCAUGGUCAAGGGAAUUCGGCCUGGCCAGGCAGUGGAGCGGCUCAAGCGGUGCAAAGAAGAGUACGAGGUGCAUGGUCGCAAACGCCAGAUUUUUGCCCUCGGUGAAGAUCUCUUCGGCCUUCCUCAUCAAACCUAUCCGCAGCUUGACCAGACAGAGAAGGAGCUCGAUUACCUGAGCCAGCUAUACGACUUGUACACGGCAGCUGCAUCCUGA